UGUUUCUGACAUUUUGACUUUUUGCUUCGUUCUUUGUUGUUGUUGCUGUUGGAUCUUUGUUGUUGAUGAGUUGUUGAUGUUAGUGAGAUUUUUUUAUAUCAGUAAAUAUUGUAGGAACACAAUGUUGCCACUUUCCCGUUUCCACCGCUUUGAUUCAACUAGUAGUAAUUGUUUAUUCUUGAAAUAUUUCUCAUAUGUAUUAGCCUAUACUAAUCAAGAAACAAUAUCUUUUCAUGAUAUAAUAGGUAAUAAAUUUUCAUAACUGAUAUUAAAUAUUCUGGUAAUUCAUUAUAUUUCUUUGUACCAUAUGAACGACUUUCUAACCAGGAAUGCCCUGUGCAGUGAUCAAGAAAUUGGAAAUUUGGCAACGUUGAGGAGAAAAGUAUAAACAUAUCUGCUUUGUUCAAUGAAAGACAAGGAUAACAAACUAACCAAUGUUAAUCAAGAGCUGACUAAAACGUAAAUCUCACUGUUUCCUAUUUGGUUCUUCUAGGUUAGGCUCUAGGCUAGGCCUCACCCUAGCUUUUGAAGCCUUAGCACGUUCUUUAUCUUCCAUCAUGUUGUGGUGGAAAGAUGUCCGUUUUCAGACUCACUUUAGAUUUUCACUUUAAGAUUAGUUCCAUUUUAAUUACAAUGUAAAUUAUUUCGUUUGAAGAUGAAUCGGAGUGACGAAGGUAUCGAGGGAACUGAAGAUAAGCAUGAUAUCAACAGAAAAUCUGCAGCCGUCGAUAUUGAAGAUGAAAUUAUCCAUGGCAUGACAGCAUCAUACUCAGAAAUAUCAUUUAAUAAUGCAUUGUUAGAAUCGAAAGACUGUUCAGAACAUAGCAAUAAAUUGUGCACUACGCAAGGAGCUGAGAAUGUUGUUAAACCCGAAGAAAUCAAUCCUGAGCAUAAAGAGUAUCAGAAUGAAAGACCCAAAAAUCUGAAAUUGAUCAACGAUCUAGAAUCAAAUGUGAUAGAAAAACAGAGUGCAUCGCAUAAGGCUUUUGACUACUUGAAUCAGCUGAAUGGCACGGUUACCCAAGAAGGUGAUAUGGUACUUUUUGUUGCUGAAGAUUUGGAAAAUAAAAUCAAACUUUCCAGUCCCGUCAGUAAAAAAGAUCCCUUGUCAAGUUGCGGUUGGGAAAGUACUACUUCAUCUUGGUUAAAACAAAGCUUUACUGGAGAAAUACCAGUUGUGGACAUCACUAUUCUAAAUGAUUUGGAAACAGAAGUCAGUAAAAUAGCUACCUCAGUAGAUAGUCUCACAGAGAAUUUGGCGGAAAUAUUACACAGUAUUUCUGCCCUGACUGUUGAUUGUUUGGAAACAUAUAGAGAUGUUGUAUGCAAAACGUGUGAUUCGGUUGACGUCAAUAUAAAGUCCAUGUAUCAGCUGAUGGCAAAAUGCGAAGAACUUGGAAAAGCUAUGGCAUCUAUCUACAAACUCUCAGAUCAUAUCAAGGAAAUCAAACACUUUCUGGAUCUGUUUGAAAAUGUCGCCAACUGAACUUACAUGCCAGGCAAUUAUUCACUUCGUUUAUAAUAAAUGCCUCUCAAGGCAAGAGGAUAACGAUAGAAAUUUUUACAAACGGCCUAAUAUUGAAGCAGGAGAAAUUUCUACAAACGGCCUUCAAUUGAAUCAGAAGCUCCCACAUCCACAGCACCGGGCACUAAGAGAUAGGAUGCUCUAAAAUUAUCAGCCGAAAUAGACAAGUUUGAAGCACUUGUGAAUCGUUCAAACCUAGUGAUCCAUGUGGACCAUCCUUGAGGCUCCCGAAAAUUGAAAGCCUCUGCAGUGGCAACUUGAAACUGAGCUACCAACCCUUCAAACUCUUCUAGCUCUCUUCUACAUUUCUUGAUUGGUUUCUCUUUUUUGGUCCCAUUUUUCUAAUUCUUCUACCACCAUGAAGAAAUUCUUCAAUACUUGAGAGCCAUAAACACAAAACCGAACUUUAUUUGUCUUGGAUACAAAAACGUAUUUAACAUGUGUCAAACAAAACUGAUGUUUGAGACAAAAAGACCCUACUCGACUUAUAAUUCUAUUCAUUCAUUGUAUAUGAAUAAAUAAAUAAUACAGAUAAAUGAUAAUGAACUUACCUUCUGCUUCACUUUAAGGCCAUUUGUAGAAAUUUAUUCUGCUUCAAUUUUGGGCCGUCUGUAAAAAUUUCUAUCCUCUUACCUUGAGUGGCGUUAAUUUAAAGUUUAAUAGUUUUUCGAAAUACAAAAAGAUAAAUAAGUAUCAUCAACCCAACACUGUAAGAUUUAUAGAUUUCUUCAAUAAUAAAACAUAAAGUACUAAUUUCUUUAGUUCCAUAGAAAUAAAUUUAUUCAAUUGAGAUUCUAUAUUGUUAGGUUGGGCUUCCAAAUUGAAGUGCCCAGAGGCCAAUGGUGCAGCAUGCUCUGAAAAAUCAAAAUUUCCUUUUCAUCAAACAUAGAAUUAACACGAUCACGAAAUGUGCCAGAAAGGCGAAGUUUAUCAAGAAGUUUAUUGAAUUCAAAUCAUAAAUAUGAUGUAAUAUCAACUUUUCAUUUGUUAAAAAUAAUAAAUUACAUUUUACCUCAAGAAAUUAUAUUUUUCAAUAUGACUAAAUAAAUUUUCAUAAUU